AUGCGAGCCGUGGCCGCGGCGGUCGCUCGCAGCGCGGCCGCUGCGCAGGCUGCGUCACUGCACGGGGUGCCGUGCGCCGGGGCGCGCGCGUUCCGGACCGUCGGGGCGUGGUCGUGCUCCCCCGAGGCGGGAAUGCUCGCGCGGAGCGCUCGGGGCGCGGUAUUAGCUGAGAACCACUCGGCACGGCCGUCGGGACAGUGGCUAUGGCGCAGGUUCAGUCGGAAGAAGACGGGCAGGGGCGCUGAGGCGGAGUCGUCGGGGGCCGGGGAAGGCAGCGGCGCGAGCGCCGGCGACGGGGCAGGGAGGAGCAGCGCGCCCGCGGGCAAGGACCGCGAGGCGGCCGCGAUGCGCAACCUGCACGUCAUCGAGGCGGAGGCCCGGCCCCUCGUCCCGGACGUCGUCAUGAUGUCCCCGACGCCACACUCGAAGCUCUACAGAGACAUUCUGCGGCAGGUCGAAUCGAAGAAGAAGGGCGAGCAGGGUCCGCUGAUCGCGGUGUUCACGCGGAAGGCCGCGAAGGACCGUCCCGCGACUGGCGCAGCCGCCGCAGCGGGCGAGGGCGGCAGCCAGGGCCCCGGCAGGGAGGAGGCGUCCGGCGAGGGCGAGCGCGGCGCGGGCGGGCCGGGCGGGUCCGACACGCACCGUCUCCUGCGGCACCUCGGCGGCAGGGGGGGGUCGGACCCGGACGACUCCCCUGACAUUGUGCUGACGAUGAAGGACGAGCACGAGGGCGGGGAGGAGAAGGAGGGGUCAGGGGAGGAAGAGGCGCUGCCCGUGCACGUCGUGGACCACGCUGCGGACGACCUAUACGAGGUCGGGACGCUCGCGGAGGUGGUCAACGUCUUCCCGGUCUCCGUCGCGCAGUCCCAGGUGGUCCUCAAGGGCCUGCAGCGCGUCCGUCGGACCCGCGUGGCUAGCUACUCUGGGGGCGUGCUGCGCGUGGACUGCGAGCCCCUGCCCGACGUGCCCCUCGACGAGGCCGACGAGCAGGCCACGAGCGAGGCCAAGGCGCGCGAGGUGCUUGUGCAGGAGAUGGUCGACCGUCUCAAGGCCACGGCGCAGAGCCACGACUUGACUAUGUAUCUGGAAGUCUUCAACACACAAAAGUGGUUCCAAAUGGCAGGGAACGCCGAGGGUCUGUCGUACUACGGGGCGUGGCUGUGCCGCAUCCGCGGGAACCUCGGUCGGCUGCAGGAGAUCCUGGAGGAGCGGUCCGUGUCGCGCCGGCUCGAGAAGACGGCCGAGCUCCUGCGCUCGGAGCUGGCGGUCCUCGAACUGAAUCUCUCGAUGCGCCGGGAGCUCGAGGACCGCAUGCGGAAGGACCACCAGCGGCACCUGAUGAUGGAGCAGCUCAAGCUGCUGCGGCGCGAGCUCGGGAUGGAGAAGGACGACCGCCAGGAGCUCGUGGACAAGUUCACAAAGAAGUUGCAGAGUUUCAAGGACGACGUGCCGGAGAGCACGGCCAAGGUGAUCGAGGACGAAAUCUCGCGGCUCCAGACGCUCGAGGCGUCGUCGCCGGAGUUCAACCUCGUGCGCAACUACCUCGAGUGGCUGACGGCGAUCCCGUGGAACGUCACUACCCCGGAGACGUACGACGUCGACGACGGGCAGCGCGUGCUCGACGAGGACCACUGGGGGCUGCAGGACGUCAAGGACCGCAUCCUCGAGUUCAUCGCCGUGUCGUCCCUGCGCGGCCGCGCCACGGGGAAGAUUCUGUGUCUCGUGGGCCCCCCGGGGGUUGGGAAGACCAGUAUUGCUCGCAGCGUGGCGCGCGCCCUGGGGCGCAAGUACUACCGCGUGAGCGUGGGCGGGCUGAACGACGUGAGCGAGAUCCGCGGGCACCGCCGGACGUACGUCGGCGCCAUGCCGGGCAAGUUUAUCCAGGCGCUCAAGGCGUCGGGAUCCAGGAAUCCCCUUGUGCUGAUUGACGAAGUAGACAAGGUCGGAACGCACUGGCGCGGGGACCCGACGAGCGCGCUCCUCGAGGUGCUCGACCCGGAGCAGAACCGCUCGUUCACGGACUUGUACCUGGACGUCCCGGUCGACCUGGGGGGGGUGUUGUUCAUGUGCACGGCGAACGUGCUCGACACGAUCCCGGCGCCGCUGCUCGACCGCAUGGAGGUCGUGCGGCUCUCGGGCUACCUCGCGGAGGAGAAGCUCGCGAUCGCGCGGCAGUAUCUGAUUCCGCGGGCGUACGAGGAGUCGGGCAUCAACCCUGGGAGGGUUGAGGUCACGGACGGCGCGAUGCGCCGGCUGGCCGAGGAGUACUGCCGCGAGGCGGGCGUGCGCAACCUCAAGGCCCACAUCGAGAAGGUGCUGCGGAAGGCGGCCCUGAAGAUCGUGCGAGCGGUGAAGCCCGCGGGCGACGGCGCGUCGCUGCCGACCGCGACGAGCGACCUCACGGCGCCGGCGCCGCUCGAGGGCGAGGCCGGCGAGGGCAAGCAGGGCGGGAAGAGCGAGGAGGAGAAGCUGCCGCCGUGGGAGGGCGCGCCGGAGGUGACGAUCGACGCCGGCGACUUGGUGCCUUACGUCGGGCAGCCGCCGUUCAGCAGCGACAAGAUCUACUCGGACACGCAGCCCGCGGGCGUCGUGACGGGCCUGGCGUGGACGGCGAUGGGCGGCAGCACGCUGUACAUUGAGGCGGGGCGGGUGGAGAGGGGCGAGGGGCGCGGAGGGAUUCAGACGACGGGGCAGCUGGGGUCGGUCAUGCAGGAGUCUGCCACGAUCGCGCACACGCUCGCGCGCGGCAUUCUCGGCAGCGCGCAGCCGGACAACGACUUUUUCGCGACAACGCGGGUGCACCUGCAUGUCCCUGCGGGCGCGACGCCCAAGGACGGCCCGAGCGCAGGCAUCACCAUGGUGACGGCGCUGCUGUCUCUCGCACUCGACGCCCCUGUCAAGAAGGGCCUUGCGAUGACUGGCGAGGUCUCACUGACUGGCAAGGUGCUGGCGGUGGGUGGGAUCCGCGAGAAGUGCGUUGCGGCGCGGCGUUCGGGCUGCACGCACCUCCUCUUGCCCGACGCCAACCGCGGCGACUGGGACGAGCUCCCAGACUCCCUGAAAGAGGGUCUCGAGGCCACGUUCGUCAAAGACUACCAGGAAGUGCUCGCGGCGGCGCUCGGGCCCGUGCUGGAGGCGAAGCCACCGGCCGCGAAGGAAGCCAGCGGGGCCGAGCCUGCGGCAGCUGCGUGA